AUGAGUGACGUAGAAGUUCCUGCACUUGCUCUUAGAGAUGCUUCCUUUAGUGAAAUUCAUGUUGGAGAAGGAGAUGAACAAGUUUUAGAGCAAAUCUUCUUAUCUGAUGUUUAUACAGCUAAACAUGUUAUCAGUGAUCAUAUUCAUCACACUCCAUUAGAUUCAAAUGCUAGUAUUUCAGCAGACAUUGGAAUGGAGGUUUAUUUUAAAUUAGAAAAUAUGCAAAAAAGUGGUUCAUUUAAAGUACGAGGUGUUAUGAACAAAUUUAAUUCAUUAACUCUUGCUGAAAAGAAAAGAGGUGUAAUUACUGCUUCAAGUGGUAAUCACGGUAUGGCUGUUGCUUAUUGUGGUAAACAAUUAGGUGUUCCAACUACCAUUAUUGUUCCAAAUUUUACAAACCCAAGAAGAGCAGAAACUAUGAAAAGGUAUGGUGCUACUGUUAUUUUACAUGGGGUUACUGUUGCAGAAGCUGAGGCCUAUGCUAAAGAAAUGUCAACUGAAAAAAGACUUGCUUACAUCGAAGCUCGUGAUGACGUUUCCAUUAUCGCUGGUGAUGGAACAGUUGGACUUGAGAUUUUAAGAGAUUUACCAGAUGUAGAUGCUAUUAUUGCACCAAUUGGAUCAGGAAGUUUACUUUGUGGAUUAGCCUUAGCUGUUAAAACUCUUGAUCCAAGAGUUAAAGUUUAUGGUGUUCAAAAUGAAAAAGGGUCUUCAGCUUAUCUUUCUAAAAAACAUCAUGUC